UGACACAGAUGUUCAAUGUCUUCAAUCAACUAUUUCCACAGCACGAGAAGGUGCAACAACGUGUUCCUCUAUUCGACGUUUCUGGAAUAUUUCUACGAAAGAAUGAGUCAAAUGCUUCCGUGUAUGUGCUUGGUGGGCAUGGAAAGAAGAGACAUGAUCUUAACAGCAGUAUUUGGAACAGUCGGAGCUUUAGCAGUGAUCGUUGCUUUGGGUUUGGCAGUGUGGUUCUAUCUUCGUGCGAGAAAAUCGAAACAGCGCGAUGACGAUCUCGAGGAUCCGAAUGAGCACAGCGACGGUGGUACUGGCCAUCCAACGCAGUCAACGAAAAAGAACGGUUUCUUAAAUUUGAAGACAUGUCUUAUCAGCACAAAAACCCUUGGAGCGCAGUUGGAAACAACCGGUAGCCCGGCGAGCAAAUCACCGGCCGGCAGCAGUGCUGGUCCAGCUAGUAGUGCAGGUGCAAGUGCUGCCGUAGUUGCUCCAGGUAGUGCAAGCAAUGUCGGUGCAAGUGUCGAACCACGCACUCCAACGGCUGGACCGCAAAACAAGCAGCUCCAAAAUGUUAAAGGAGAUCACCCCUCGAAAGCCUUUCUGCAAAGCAGAUCCAUUUCCUUGGUCGAUAUGUACAUUGAUAAUUCGGAACCCAGCGAAAGCGUCGGCCAAAUUCAUUUUAGCCUCGAAUACAACUUCCAGAAGACGACGCUCAUUCUAAACAUCAUACAGGGUAAGGAUCUACCCGCAAAGGAUUUGUCUGGAACGUCUGAUCCGUAUGUACGCGUGACGCUACUUCCUGACAAAAAGCAUCGUCUCCAGACAAACAUCAAAAGACGCACACUGAAUCCGAAAUGGAACGAGACGCUUUAUUUCGAAGGUUUUCCUAUUCAGAAGUUGCAAAGCAGAGUGCUACAUCUUCACGUCUUCGAUUACGAUCGAUUCUCAAGGGACGACUCCAUAGGAGAAAUUUUUCUACCACUUUGUCAGGUCGAUCUAUCGGAGAAGCCAUCAUUUUGGAAGGCUCUUAAACCACCGGCUAAGGACAAAUGCGGAGAACUUUUGUGUUCGUUGUGCUAUCAUCCAAGUAAUUCGGUGCUUACGUUGUCGCUCUUAAAGGCGAGAAAUCUCAAGGCCAAAGACAUUAACGGGAAAUCAGAUCCUUAUGUAAAAGUCUGGCUACAAUUCGGCGACAAGAGAAUCGAAAAACGUAAGACACCAAUAUUCAAGUGCACUCUCAAUCCUGUAUUCAAUGAAACGUUCGCGUUCAACGUACCGUGGGAAAAGAUCAGAGAGUGUUCGCUCGAUGUUAUGGUCAUGGACUUUGAUAAUAUAGGACGUAAUGAGCUUAUUGGCCGUAUACAGCUCGCAGGUAAGAACGGAAGCGGUGCGAGCGAGACGAAACACUGGCAGGACAUGAUAACGAAACCAAAACAAACAGUAAUACAGUGGCAUCGUUUGAAGCCCGAAUAAAAAAUCAGCAAGGAGAAUGAUCUUUGCAGAUCGUACGUACGAACGAAUUCGGCCUCCGAGGAGAAGCGAUUCGUUCGAAGAGGGAUCGUUUGGGGAUGACGACGAUGACGACGACAACGACAACGACGACGCCGACGACGACUACGACGACCACGACGACGAUGAUGAUGAACGCGCUUCGAUCGAUCGUUCCGUAUAGAAAAGUUCAAUUAAAAAAAAAAAAAAAAAAAAAAAAAAAAAAAGCGAAGAACAACGUCAGGGAAAAAAACGACGUAUCCUCGUCGAUAUAUCCAUAUGUCGUGGAUAUACACACUGAUAUACAUACGUAUACGUACACACUUAAAGAUAUGUAUAUCCAUAUAGAAAAACUUCAUGCAAACAUUAAUCUACAGACAGACGUACAUGCAUUAUUGUACACGUUCACACUUAUAUCAUAUGUAUACUACGAAUGGCACGAAGAAGGGACGAGCGAUAUAAAAAAAAUUUCCCGAUUGGAAAUGAAGAGUUCGAAACGAAGAGAUCGCAUGAAAGGUAUAUAUAUGUGUAUAUAUAUACAUAUAUAUAUAUAUAUAUAUAUAUAUAUAUAUAUCUUGUAAGAAGUGGAUGAAUGUGUGCGUGCGUGCGUGCGUGUGUCAGUAUGUAUGUGACAGAGGGAGAAAGAGAGAAAGAGAGAGAGAGAGAAUGAACGAUCCUUAAUCGUGACGUUAAUUGACAUCGGCCAUGGGUUGUGAAGUAACUUUCUUCGAUCGACUGUUCCCGGGAGAACAGGAGAGAGAGAGAGAGAGAGAGUGUGUGUGUGUGUGUGUGUGUGUAUGUAUAAGAAAAAGAGAGAAAGAAGAAGGAAAAGGAAAAUCACAUUUCCUUGCCGAAUAAUAAAGUAACGAAGAAAAGAAAAAAAAUGAAGGUAAAAAAAGAAGAAAAAAAUCCAAGAAGAAGAAGAAGAAGAAAGGAAUAAGAAGGAGAUAAAGAGAUAUAGUAAGCUGUUAUCUUUCUCAGAGACGUUGUUGACCGUUUUGUAUUUUCGAAAGUACCGCCGGUAAUUUUUAAAACGAAUAUUCGCGCGCGCACCCCUCCUCCUCCCCCCGCCCUCGCCCCCGCCCCCGCCCCCGCCCCCGCCCAAGUUCAUUAUAGUGAGAGAUAGUUUUUAACGCUAAGGUAAUUUUUAUAUAUGAAUACAUUUUUGCUGCCGAGCGAGUAAUUUUCUAAUCGCGCAUUGACGCUAAUUAUAUAUGAUUUAUUCAUUUUUCUUAUCAUUUUCAGCUGCACAUUAACAUUAAUGAAAAUAGAAGAGUAAUUGAAAGAGAUGAACAGAUUUUUUCAAAAAAAAAAAAACAAAAAAAAAGAACAAAAAAAAACAAAAAAAAGGACAAAAAACGCGUGAAAUAUUACGAGCGAAAAUUUACGGAAAGUAAAUUAAAAAAAUAAGAAAAAAAAAAAUAAAAAAAGAAAAAAAAGAAAAAAAUAAAAAAGAAAUUACAUUUAUUUAGCUAUUAAACUUAUAAAAGAUAAUGUUUCAUUUUAUUUCUUUCUGUUGACGAUUCGAUCAAGAAAAGUAAUUUCGUUCGAAAAGCGAAACGAUUAAUUAGUACGAAAGGUGAACAAGUGCAAGCUGUUUCGGUUGUUUGAUUCGCUCGAUCAAAAUGAUCAUAAUUUUCAACUAAUAGCUAUUAUAGUAGUAUCAGCCAAUACGAAAGGGAUGAAAGAUAUAUAAAGAAAGAGAGAAAGAUAUUUUUAACGAGAAACUUUUGUAUCGAAGCCAGACGUGAUUUCUCGGGAGGGGUAGGGGGACAUUUUUCGAGCGGUAAAUUGUGAUCGGUGUACCUUAUACACUUAUUAACAAAAAUACAGGAAAAAAAAAAAUUGGAGAAGAGAGUUGAUGAAGGAAAAGAGAAAAAAAAAAAAAAAAAAGAAAAAAAUCUAUUGUUACAUUAUACCUGAUAUUCUGCUGUUAAUAACAAUAAUGUAGAUAAUCCCCGUCGAAUAAAAUUCGAUCGUGAAUUUUGCUUGAUACACGCUCGCUUCGAGCGUUCCUCUCUUAACGGGACGUACGGGAUAAGAGAAGAGGAAACGAAAAACUGAGAAAGGCAAAAGCUAUACUCGCUAUAUAAAAUAUAAUACAGGAUAGUAAAUCAAUUAUAGAUACGAAAAGUCCUACUUGUAACUGAUUAUUACAAAAUUAUUAUAAUAUCAUUAUCAAUAUCCGUUAAAAUAUUCGUAUCCAUAAUUAAUAUACAAUUCCGUAUUUAGAGCGAAUAUUAUUCGUGGAUCCGAUGCGUUUCCUCAUUUCGAUCGAUCGAACGACCGUCGUCGCUUAGGGCUCGAAGAUAUCAAAAUAUCACGGGAUAUACCUGUAUGUAUAUGUAUGUAUAUCGCGGUUACGGUAAAAUAUACUGACACGUUUUUUUUUUUUUUUUCUUUUUUUUUAUUAUCUCUUUUGCCGCAACUUAUUCAUUUUGCGUGUUGCGAAAGUGCAUGUAAGUAAGGGAUAAGAGAAAACUAACUAAUACGUUCUACGUUCUGAUAGGAAAAAAAGUCCGAUUAAAAAAAGACAGGAUAUACGGUCGUUUUCUUUCGAAAGCCUCUCAAAAAUUAUUGUAAAAAAAAAAUUCUCUAAUACACGCGCAUAUUUUUACGAAUACCUAUUGAGUUAGCUUAACGAAAUAGAGCUAUGUAAACGAAGAAACGACGUUGUACGUUUUCAUAAUCGAAGAUCGAUCUCUCCUGUCGCGUCUAAAAUGAGGCUUAUUGUGUGCACGAAGAGAGAGAGAGAGAGAGAGAGAGAGAGAGAGAGGCGGAUUGCAUACCGUAAGGGGUUAGUACGUAAAAAAAAAAAAACUAAAUAAAUAAAAGCGAAUAAAUUAGUCUAUAAUAUAAAUAUAUAUAAUAUAUAUUUAUGUAUUAUAUAUAUUAUAUAUAGAUUAUAUAUACAUAUAUAUAUAUAUAUAUAAUGUGAGUAAAUGGUUAUAUAAUGAAUAUAUUAUAUAAAACCAGUAUUUCUGUGUUGUCAGGGAGUUCUGCCCCCUGGAUCCCCGGCGAAAAAGCUUUGCCUUUUUCGCAAUAAGUAUGAUCGAUGUAGUUUUGUCAUCGUGAUGAUUUUCUUUCUGCAUAAUAGUACACUCGUUUCAAUCGUUCAGCUUUUAUCCGUUAGGCACGACCGUUAUUACAUAUGCAAUAUUUUAAUAUUAAUAAUUAUUCGUAUUGGAUCACACGAUCAUAAUAAUAAUAAUAAUUGAUCAACUUGUUUGAAAUUUGAUGAAAUCAAUAGUAAUCUCUUCAUGUGACACAAAAGUUGUUUAUAAAAUUUAAUCAUAUCCUCUGGGUGUCGAUCAAUUUUUCUUGCUAUGAGUCUAAAAAAAAGAAAAAAAAAAGAAAAAAAGAAAAAAGGAAGAAGAAGAAGAAAAAGAAAGAAAAGAUUUAGAAAAACAUUACAUCUACAUUUAGACAUUUAGGAAACAUUCAUAAUUCAUGCAGAACUUGAAACAUAAUUGAAAAAUUGUAUUUUUAUCGAAUGUUACAGCGUGGCAACGCUUUUCGCAAUGGCGAUUACAUAAAGAAACUCCAUGCGGUCGUGCCUAAAAAGUAUUGGAGUAGCACAAAAGAUUAGAUAAUAUUUGUAUGUCGUAGCCUGUAUACAUUGUAUAUACGUAUAAGAUGAAAGAAGAAAAUUAAAAAAAUGUUUCCCGGUUUAUUGAUCAUGUACGUUAAAAUGAUGGUAUUACGUGGUGUUGUUUAUUAGAAAUCUCAAAUUUAAGAAGUUUCAGAGUCCGGUCGUUUAGUUGAAAGUUUUGUGAAAAAUUGUUGCUGUUAACUAACA